AUGGUAGCAGAAACGACGCCAGAAUGGAGACUUCAAGACAUCAUCUACGUCGCCAUCGUCGGCUCCGUCAUGGUCGCCGCCUUCCUCGAAUGGAUCCUCUGGCUUCUAGCGUUUCUCUACUGCUUGGUCAAGGUGUACCAAAAAGCUGAAAGCAAAGGACGGUUCGGCAUCAGAUUUCUGGCGGCGCUCAACAUGGUCUUUUUCACUCUUAUGCGCUGCAUAUUCCUGCCUGUGAUGAUCGUCACUCUGCCAUUGCCCCCGCAGAUCUCGAAGCAUCUGCCUCUAGAGAUGGUUAGUGGCCUGCAAUGGUUCGCCUUCUGGUCGUUCGCAGGUUUGCUCACUAUACCCUGGCUGUUCUGCGUGUUCCAGUUGGUCACUCACAACAUCGGCCGGACACGGAGAAUUAAGACGGUGCUGGACGAAUACUCGGCGCCCAAGGUUGUGAUAUGCGUGCCCUGCUACAAGGAAGAACCCGAGGUACUUCUCCGCACGGUAGACUCCAUUGUUGACUGCGACUACCCGCCUUCAUGCCUGCACAUCUUCCUAUCGUUUGACGGAGAGCAAGAGGACGAACUUUACCUCAGCACAAUUGAAAAGCUUGGGGUUCCGAUCACCCUAGACUCGUUCCCGCGAAGCAUCGAUGUCAAGUACCACAGCUGUCGGAUCACGGUCUCGAGAUUCCGUCACGGAGGCAAAAGGUCGUGCCAGAAGCGCACUUUCCAGCUCAUCAACAAGGUCUAUGCUGAAUACCUCCGCCGCAACGACAAUCUCUUCCUCCUGUUCAUCGACUCGGACUGCAUCCUGGACAGAGUCUGCAUCCAGAACUUCAUGUACGAGAUGGAGCUUAAGCCGAGAAGCUCAAGCAAGCACAACAUGCUCGCAAUGACCGGCGUAAUUACAUCUACGACGGAGAAGAACACUCUCAUCACCGUCCUGCAGGAUAUGGAGUACGUGCAUGGACAGCUGUUCGAGAGGACGGUUGAAUCAGGAUGCGGAGCAGUGACGUGCCUGCCAGGAGCGCUGACUAUCCUGCGGUUCUCAGCCUUCCGUCGCAUGUCUCAGUACUACUUUGCCGACAAGGCAGAGCAGUGUGACGACCUCUUUGAUUUCGGGAAGUGCCAUCUAGAUACAGGCAAGCUUGUUCUCUUGCUGCGAGAAAGGACACAACGGCUGACGAGGAUUCAGAUGAACACAGGCGCAUUCUGCAAGACGGAGGCGGUGCAGACGUUCAAAAGCCUUUUGAAGCAGCGCCGAAGGUGGUUCCUAGGCUUCAUCACUAACGAAGCAUGCAUGUUGACAGACGUUCGACUCUGGAGACGCUAUCCACUGCUUGUGAUUAUUCGGCUUGCGCAAAAUACCAUCCGCACGACGGCACUGCUCUUUUUUAUCAUGGUCAUCUCGCUCAUCACCACUUCUCAAGCUCCGGCCAACCUUCCCAUCGGAUUCAUCGCCGUCUCGCUCGGUCUCAACUGGGCGCUCAUGCUUUACUUCGGCGCAGCGCUAGGACGGCACAAACUGAUGCUGUACCCGCUCAUGUUCGUUCUCAAUCCGUUUUUCAAUUGGCUCUACAUGGUGUACGGCAUCUUCACCGCCGGCCAGCGGACAUGGGGCGGUCCUCGUGCCGACGCUGGCAAAGCAGAUGAGAAGACCACUCCCGAGCAGGUGAUUGAGCAUGCAGCUGCCCGAGGCGACGAGUUGAACGUCGUACCCGAGACGUUUCGCCCGGCACUUGAAGGGGCAAGGCGGAGAGUACCUUACCACACCCCUCUGAUGCCCUCGGAGAGCCUGGACGGCCGCUUCGCACCUACAGAGGCCGGCGCGGGUGGGUGGUAUGUACAGGCCAACGACUCAGGCGUGGUGCAGCGACAUUGGAGCCCGAGGCGAGUGGAAGAGGGAAGGAUUUAUGGUAGAAGCCAGAGCUCGGACUCGGCGACCUCCCGUGGCAGCUCCACAUACUCUACAUACACCCCGAGGAGAGUGGAGAGUCUGGUAGAUGUGGAGGACGCUGUGACUUAUCACAACCGAAUGGCGCAGCAACGGCCGGCCGGCGGUGCGCACUUUGAAGCGAUGCGGGUGCCACCAACGGAGAUGACCGUGCAGGCUGUCAACGGCGCACUCGAACAUCGGAGGCAGUCGGUGGACUCAGCGGACUCGGUUGACUCCGACGACUCUAUACCGCUCCACUUCGAAAUUCCCCGCCGUGGCCGUACGCCGGAACCGCGUUCUACCACAUCAUCAUCCCAACUACACCCUCAAGCCCCGCAAUCGAACCAUCCAGGACCUCUCUCAGCGUACCCACCCAGUCCAACCCUCCACCCGCACUCCGCCGGCUUCACGGCCGGUCCCAGCCCUUUGGCACGCAAGAGCUUCACCUGGAUCGCUGCUGACGAUGCGAGGCACGGCGGUUCUGUAAAUCGACAGCAGUCGACUCGGACACCAAGGCGGCACUCGGUGGCGGAAAUUGAGAGGAGGGGGAGGAGGAGUGUGAGUGUGGAUAGGCAUGCGAGAAGGCGGUUGAGUAAGGUGAGGAAGAGGGCGGGUAGUGAAGGCUGA